GUAAAAGCGAAAAAAUUAACAUCCCUAAUACAUAUGUACAUACAUGUGUAGUCACAUUGCAUGGCACCCUUUACCCAUUCACAUCGAGAAGCGAGAACCUUUAAAUAUCUAUUUUUGGAUGAAUUAAUUUUAGUAUUGUACUUUGUGAAUUUUUGUAUGUAUUACGCUAUUGGAUGCAGCGGUUCAUAUAAAAUCUACUCAGUUUUUUAAAUAAGAUUUUUGCAUUAAAGACGUCUUUCAACCGGCAUUCUUGUAGGAAUUUCAUCGGUUUUAAGUUAAAUUAACAUAAAUUCGAAAAACUAACAUGUUCGCUUGUGCAGUGUGUGGUGAGCCAACUAAAAGUAAAUGUUCAAAUUGUAAUCAAAGUUUCUAUUGUUGCGAGGAGCACCAGAAACAACAUUGGAAGGUGCACAAAGUCGAUUGCAGACCAUUCAAAGUGGAGUAUAGCGAUCAAUUGGGAAGAUGUUUGGUGGCAACUCGCAGCAUAAAGCCCUUCGAAAUAAUUAUGAAGGAGGCACCCUUAAUUUGUACACCGUCCCAAGUAACAAGUCCAGUGUGCCUUGGAUGUUUGAACGGCAUUGAACCUUCUGACUAUAUUGAGUGCGAUAAGUGCGGCUGGCCACUUUGCGGUAUCGAGUGUAAAGGCAAGGCAGAGCACCUAGCUGAAUGUGAUUUUACUGUGGAAAGAGGCUCAAAAGUGUCAAUAAAAGAGUUUUCAAGUCCUCAUCCCUUGUAUCAAUGUAUGGGCACAGUGCGUUGCCUACUAUUGUCACAAAACGAUCCGGAAAAAUGGAAACGGUUCCUGGAGCUUGAAUCACUAGAAAAGCAACGUCGAGGCUCUAUGCAAUGGAAAGCCGACUUAGAAAGUAUCGGUAAAUUUAUACCAAGAUUUUUCAAAACAUCUGACUUCAACGAGGAAUUGAUUAUGAAAACAAUUGGCAUUUUACAAAUUAACGGUCAUGAAGUUCCAGCCACUGAUCCUCCACAUGUUGCAGUAUUUAAUAAUGCAUCGUUUUUGGAGCAUUCUUGUUAUCCCAAUUUGGCAAAGAGUUUUACAAAGGAUGGAGGCUUAAUCCUAUGGGCUCCACAUGCAAUUAAAAGGAAUACGCAUUUAAGCAUUUGCUACUCAGAUGCUGUUUGGGGAACUGUAGAGAGGCAGCAACAUCUCAUGCAUACAAAAUUAUUUAAAUGCGCUUGCAUAAGGUGUAUGGAUGUAACAGAAUUUGGAACUAAUUACGAUGCCUUUCAUUGCACCGAAUCCAAUUGUGAGGGAGUCAUUUUACCGCUAAGCACAAAGGAUUGGAAUUCUAAAUGGAGUUGCUUAACAUGUGGAAACCAAGCUGACAUAUCAUUUGUAAAGAAUAUUUUAGAAAAGGCUGGAAAAGAUUUGGGGGCAAUGAGCAAAACUGUGGAAAAUUGUAUCAA